AUGCCAGUGUAUAGAUUUGAAGGCGAUGUAAACAUAAACUGCGUUUACUCUCCUGGAACGUGGCUUAUAAAUCGAGACAAUCUAUAUUUGACCAUAGAGGUUUUUGGGAUAAUUAAAAGAACACGUUUGCUCAACGCUAUUUUCCCACUUCUCAUCCACGAAAAGUUUUCAUUUGAUAAGACUUUUUAUACUGCUCUUUCUGCUUGUAACGUUGUGGAUAGAUUAGAAGAUUACACGGUAACAAUUGAGAUAAGACAAAUUGCUGAUGUUUAUCUUGGAGGGACACUUUUAGCGUAUUACUCGACGAACGCCAAGGAAUUUUUCUCUCCAUGUUCAAAAAUGUGUUUGAGAACUAUUCCUAAGAGAGAUUUGCUGAUGCUUAAGACGAUUGAUUUUCCAGGCGUUUCCCCAAGACUAGAAUAUUCUGUUAGUUCUGCUAUAAAAUGUCACCCAGCUUCGUGUUAUUGCACUUGCUGUUAUUCUUUACCACAGUGCUGCUGUUACGAUCCAUGUCUAUACAAGCCAUUAACACCGACGCCAAGUUAUCAUCGAGCAACAGUUAACAGUGCUUUGAGAUGCCGUUAUCCUGAAUCUGAUGGUUCUAAAUGCAUUGUAGCGUCUGAUACUGCCAGUCAUAUAGCAAAGUCACAAAGUGCUUCAAGAACCUCCAGAAGCCCGAAGAGAGGGGGUAAUUUAGAUGGGCCAUAUUCGUACAGACCUCAGUGUCGACCAAGAUCAUUGUCUGCGCGUAGUCGUCAAAAUUACAAUGACAUUUCGCCUGUUAACUCAUUAUCUACAUGGGAUCUACGUGAACGGACAAUUCGAGAUGCACAAGAUCGCAGUGAUCGUUAUUGGCAUUUGUAUCGAUUUUGGCAAAAUGAAUAUGAUCGGCUACGCUUACAAAGAUGUUAA